CCAUAACAGGAUAUGUCAUAUCAUAGCGGCACAAACGCUCAUUUUACCUGCACAAACCUGCACAAACGUAGCACUAAAAAAGUAGACCACUUUGGUUUGUUUUGGAGCAGUCUGGGGGGAUGGUGACCUUUGAAUGACCUAUAAAAUAAAGUUUAAUAUCUCAGAAACCGUAGCAGCACAAACGCUCAUUUUAACUGCACAAACCUGCACAAACGUAGCACUAACCGCUCCGCCUAUUUGCCUUUACGUUUCAAGUGGGUGGGCGGUCUCGGCAAGUCCGGUCUCGCCGAGAACGCGAGUACGUACUUGCGUACUUAGAAUUGAGAAAGGGCCACGAUAACCGUUCAAGAAACGUCCCCUCGUGAACGCGGCACCGUUUGCCCUGCACGCGCAGUGAUGACGUCGUUCCCUAGCAACCGGCCAACGCGUCCUAGCGACCGUCCCUGAGAGCGAAGCGGCGGGAAGGCUUUUGGUGUUGUCGUUAUUUUCGGUUUUAACGUCGUUUUUGUGCCGGAUUUUACGUUCGGAUUUUACCGGAUACGUCUGCGCGCGAGACGUUUGUUUAUGUUUCCCGCGCUUCAGCAGCCAACAGAAAGUUCCCGGGAAACGGUGAGAGGUGUUUGGACAGGUGAGAGGCCGGAAGUGGAGCUCUGAAAGCGGACGUCAACUUUUUAAAAGAUAAAAUCAGGUUGACCGUUAAAACAUUCAUGUUUUAACGCUGUCAGAAAAUGUUUGAAGAGUUGUGUGUUUAAUGUAUGUUGUGUAUUCAGCUGACAGUCCUUUAUUUGUGGGUCCGUGUUGGCUCUCUAACCCUGAGUACAGGAGAUGGUCGGUGUGCGGCGUUCAGGGCAGUCGGGACAGAAUAUCAGUGUUUGAUCUGUGUGUGGUGGGCCUGGUGGUGCUUUCAGGGACUUCCUGAUGGAUGAGACGGCGAGGCCUCUGAGGAUUCCUCCUCAGACGUUCGUCUACGCCGACAAACACAACGUGGCCCAGCUGGUCCAGAGCAUGCUGUGCAGCCUGGUGAUUGAUCAGCCUGAUGAUCCGAUCUCCUACCUGAUUGGGCUGCUUCAGAGGAGCACCGAUGAUGUCCCCAGGGUCAUGGUGCUGGGACCUCCUGCUGUCGGCAAACACACCGUGGCCAAAAAGCUGAGCGCUGAGCUGAGAGCUGUUCACGUGACUGAAGGCAGUUUACUGCAGUACCGAUCAGAGCUGAGCGUGCACGCCGAGCAGGAGCUUUCGGAGGGGCUGCUGGUUGGACUGGUUCAGCAGAGGCUGAAGGAGAUGGACUGCUUCCACCGGGGCUGGGUGUUGGAGGGAAUCCCUCAGACUCGCCUGCAGGCUCUGAGUCUGCAGCAGGGCGGAGUCAUCCCCGAGCACGUUGUGAUGCUCGAGGCGGCAGAUGACGUGCUGAUGGAGAGAAGUUGCGGACGGCUGGUCGACGCGAUCACUGGGGACAUCUACCAUCGGACUUUCAUCCUGCCAGAUGAUGACAUUAUCGCUCAGCGUCUGGAGAAGGGGAGGAGUCUGACAGACCAACAGAGACUUGCUAAGCUGCACCGUUACCGCUGUGAGGUCACGGGUCUGAAAUCAGCCUAUCAGCACGUGCUCAAGGUCAUCGACAGCGACCAACCACACGUUGACGUCUACCAGCAAGUGCUGGCUUUCGUCCGGACUCGUCAGCGCUCCAGAACUCCCAGAAUCCUCCUGCUGGGACCACCGGGGUCUGGAAAGAGCCGUCAAGCCCAGCUGCUGUCAGAGACGUACGGGAUGGUGGACGUGAGCUGUGGUCGCUUGCUGAGGUCUGUAGCUGCAGCUGGUUCCAGUCGAGGAGCAGAGGUCCAGGCGUACCUGGAUGACGGACGUCCAGUUCCAGACUCGCUGCUGCUGCAGGUCCUGGAGGAGCGGCUGAGCCGACCCGACUGCACCCGCGGGGGCUGGAUCCUGCACGGCUUCCCCUGCGACCUGCAGCAGGCCCGGAGCCUGCAGGAGAGCCACCAACAGCCCAACAGGGUUUUCUUCCUGGAGCUGACUGAUGACGUUUGCCUGGAGAGACUCAGUCUGAGAGCCACAGACCCGGUCAGCGGUCAGAGCUUCCAUCCUGUGACUCGGCCGGCUCUGAGCUCUGAGGUUCAGCACAGACUAAAGACCCGACCUGAGGACAGCACGGAGUCUGUAACACAGAGACUGAAACAGUACAGGGUCCACAGCGCCGCCCUGCAGUCUGUGUAUCCUGAGGCCAUUCACAUCGAUGCUGAUCAGGACCCUCACUCUGUGUUUGAGGCCGUGGCGAGCAGGCUGACCUCUGAGUGACCUCUGACUCACCUGGACUCACCUGAACAAGCUGAGGUCACAUGAUUGUCUGUAAAAAUAAAGCAUGUGCUGCUCCUCCCUGUGUUUGUUAUGCUUCUCUUCAGGCUGAGCUCCCACCUGACCCGCUCUCACUGACUCCGCCCACUCGCCCAUGUGUUUUAUUUUCCAGUAAAAGUCUGAAGCACAUUUUACUAAAAUCACAGAAACAAAUAAAGACGGAAGUUUCAGGGAAACAUGAGCACGACUGUGACACACACACAGACAGACGCACGCACACACAGACACACAGACAGACGCACGCACACACAGACACACAGACAGACGCACGCACACACACAGACACACACAC